AUGGCGAAGAAGGUGGCGGUGAUCGCCACGCUGCUUGCCCUGAACCUGCUCUUCUUCACCUUCUCCGACGCAUGUGGCUGCCAGUGUGGAGCCUGCCCUAGUCCGGGCGGAGGCGGUGGCGGUGGCGGGGGAGGUGGUGGUGGAGGACGAGGCGGAGGUGGCGGGAGCGGAGGCAGCGGCGGCAGCGGCGGCAGCGGCGGAGGAGGGAGUAGCGGAGGUGGAGGCAGCGGUGGUAGCGGAGGCGGCGGUGGAGGCAGCAGCGGAGGUGGCGGGUCAGGAGGAGGUGGCAGCGGAGGUGGCGGGUCAGGAGGAGGCGGCAGCGGCGGCGGCGGAUCGGGAGGAGGUGGCGGCGGCGGCGGACGUGGAGGGCGGUGCCCGGUCGACGCGCUGAAGCUGGGCGUGUGCGCCAACGUGCUCAACGGGCUGAUCAACCUUGAGCUGGGCACGCCGCCGAAGAAGCCUUGCUGCACGCUGAUCCAGGGCCUCGCUGACCUGGAGGCGGCCGUCUGCCUCUGCACCGCACUCAGGGCCAACAUCCUGGGCAUCAACCUCAACGUGCCCAUCGACCUCAGCCUCCUCGUCAACUACUGCGGCAAGAGCGUCCCCAGAGGCUUCCAGUGCCCAUAG